GGGGCGGGGCUGAGGCGGUGGCGGCGUUGGCGGCGGCGGCGGCAGCUGUGGAGGCCGAGUGCCGCUCCAGGCUUCGGCCCUUGCCCCACCAUGGUGACGCCCGCCGAGCUGCUGGUGCUCCUGGCCGCCCUCCUGGCCACGGCCUCGGGCUACUUCGUUAGCAUCGAUGCGCACGCCGAGGAGUGCUUCUUCGAGCGGGUCACCUCGGGCACCAAGAUGGGCCUCAUCUUCGAGGUGGCGGAGGGCGGCUUCCUGGACAUCGAUGUGGAGAUCACAGGUCCGGAUAAUAAAGGCAUUUAUAAAGGAGACCGAGAGUCCAGUGGCAAGUACACAUUUGCUGCACACAUGGAUGGAACGUACAAGUUUUGUUUCAGUAACAGGAUGUCUACCAUGACUCCAAAGAUAGUGAUGUUCACCAUUGAUAUAGGAGAGGCUCCCAAAGGACAAGACAUGGAAACAGAGGCUCACCAGAACAAGCUAGAAGAAAUGAUUAAUGAACUGGCUGUAGCAAUGACAGCUGUAAAGCAUGAACAAGAGUACAUGGAAGUCCGGGAAAGGAUACACAGAGCCAUAAACGAUAACACAAACAGCAGAGUGGUCCUCUGGUCCUUCUUUGAAGCUCUCGUUCUAGUUGCCAUGACAUUGGGACAGAUCUACUACCUGAAGAGAUUUUUUGAAGUCCGGAGGGUUGUUUAAAGGCCUUUUUCUGGUUAUCCAUACUCAUAAUUCACUUGUUUACCAAAACCUUGGUCAUAAUAAUGUCCUUAUUUUCUACAUUUUCAUUUUUUGAUCUGUACAUUCACAGCUUAUGUUCAUUUCUGAUGAAUAGGUAUGGGGAGGGGGAAUCUUUAGAAAGUUACAGCAGAAAUUUGGCAUUUGAUUGACAUGAGAUUGCUUAUUUGAAAGCUGCCUCUCAUUUACAUACAGGUCCUUCCAGAACUCAAACACUGUAAAUGAGAUACAGGAAUUUAGUCUAUCUUCCUUGCUUUGGUUUACGAAAUGAGAUGUAGAUUGUUGAGGUCCCACAGAGCAUGGCAGUCCUUCAUUGAAAUGACUGCACCCUUGGAAUGCGCUCAGCCUCUGCAUCAGGAGAGAGAGCCCAGUCCUGAUGAGUCAUAUGUGAAGCACCACUGAGUCUCAGGAUUUUUUUCCCAGUCUCAUGCUACCAGAUGGGUACUUGCAUACUUUUUCUUGUAUUUUAUUUAAACAUAAUUGUCUCAACACACAUUUCCUUAUCCCCCUACCCCCUUAUAUUUUUCCCUUGAAUUUUAGGACUGAAUCACCUCCACUAAAGUUAUCAGCAGUUAAUAACUGUACUUUGGUUUCUGCCUAACUGUAAAGUCUAUUAAUAAAGCCAGUUCUCUGGAUGUCUAGGCAAACACCAGCUGCCCUUCCUGCACUGGCACUUCCCUUUCUCUAUUCUGGACACAGAGAAAGUAGGCAUUUGUAUAAUUGGAAAAGUCUGGAUUUCGAUGUCAAAGGGUUAAAGCCUCUUGGGUUUUCUUGCAGUGAUACACAGCCAUUAUUUUACUUUUGUCAGUGGUCUUUAGAGCCACUUUAGCCAGGGCACUGAACAUCAGUGUCAGCAUUAGGGGUUUUUGUCUGUUUUCUCCUGGGUCAUUUUGUUCCUUAUUUUUUCUUGACACAUGUGAGUUUUGUUUUCUAUAAACAAAGACUUUCUCUUGGCCUCUGAUGAUGGUUUGAAAUGAAGGGAGCAUCUGCUUUUGGUGUGGGAGCAAGCAUCCAGGAUUAUGUUGGGACUGAUGUAUAUUAGUUACUUGUAUAUUUUUUUUUUGAUCUUUGCAAGGGGAAUACAAGUAACCAGUUUUAUAUAAUUAAUUUAAAUUUGUUACAGGUUUUCAUGUUCAGGACAAUUUUUCAACCUUGGGUGAAAAUACUCACAACAGUUUAUUGAUAAGGUGACUGUUUCAUCUUAGCACAGCUGUUGCAUGGGUUUUUCUUUUUGUGUGAGUGUGUGAAAACACUUCAAAAUGGAAUUAAAAGUUGUAAAUUGGUUGUGUAUCUAAUAUGCCCCAGGUUCGGUAAAUAAAACAAAUUCUUUUUAAAACAGUA